AUAUAUGUAAUGAUAUUUACACAAAAUUCACAGUUAUAUAUAUAUAUAUACACAUAUUAUAUGAUCCCGGCAUGAAUAUAUAAUCAUUUGCACUCAUAUUCUCCAAAUUAAACCAGUGGAAUCAGAAUCCCUCCGUUUCGGCUCUAGGGUUUGUCUUCCCUCUCUUCCUCGUGUGAAAACACAUACCAGAAAUCCAGGAUUUCCACCGGAAAUUCACGAAUUCCCGGUUCACAAGCGAGGGGAUUUUCCAUCUGGGUCUGGAACAGUGAUUUCAAGGAGUGAAAAGAGAUAUGGUGAGAGAAGGGGGCAGCAGCGACGGGAGGGUGGCCGGCGGAGAAGACGAGCUGAUGAGCAUGGCGGCGAAACCUGCGUGGCUCCAAUGUUUGAUGGCGGAAACUUUCUUCGGGAGCUGUGGGGUCCACGAGAAUCGCCGUAAGAACGAGAAGAACGUCUUCUGCCUGCUCUGCUGUCUCAGUGUUUGCCCUCACUGUCUUCCUUCUCACCGUUCUCAUCCCCUUCUCCAGGUGAGACGAUAUGUAUACCAUGACGUGGUUAGGCUGAGCGAUCUAGAGAAGCUCAUAGACUGCUCAUAUAUUCAGCCAUACACGAUAAACGGGGCGAAGGUGAUAUUUCUGAACCAGAGGCCGCAGUCAAGGGCUAAGGUUUCUUCCAAUGUUUGCUUCAAUUGUGACAGAAUCCUUCAAGACCCUUUCCACUUCUGCUCUCUCUCCUGCAAGGUUGAUCAUCUGGUUUAUCAUUGUGCGGAUCUAUCGAGCAUUUUGUACAGAAUCAACGAAUCGGAUUUCGCGUUUUCGCGGUUAGAAGGGUUACGGGUCGACAUGAACGAUCAUCAGAUGGAGUACAGCGACCGGACAAACCCGUCGGAAUCCGGCGACGGCGGGGGCAAUAUGGUAAUUUCAGACCGGUCCGAACCGGUCGACGAUGGGAAUGCGAAUGAGAAUAAGAAGAAGAAUAAGAAGAAGGAGAGGAAUUUCUUGCCGGGAAUUGUUCUUUCCCUCGGCAGCAGGAGAAAGGGCGCGCCUCAAAGAUCUCCUCUUUCAUAACCGAUUAAAAAAAAUCGAUGAUACAAAAAAAAAGAUUUGAUAUUAAUAUUUUUGUGUGUUUUUUUAUUAUAAAUUAGGUAUCUUUUGUCACGAAUAUGACUUUGUUCACCAUGAGUUUUUGUUGAUGA